UGUGAUCCUGAAUGGGCAGGUUCGUCAAUUUAACACCCUUGCUGUCGAGCCAGAUUUAUUACUGUCAAAGUGAGACUAGCACUUAUGCGAAGUGCAGUGUGCCUUCUUCUCUCUUGCUUUGUCGCUCUUGCAAUGGGUGGUGGACUGCAGCCAAAAAAGAAGAGAGAACUACCCGGAUAUGAAAAACCUUACCAUGUCAAUCGAAACGACAGUUCUCCAUGCGCGUCGCAUGGACUGACAACAAGCUGCGGCGGCAAAAAUGGGGGUUGGCACUACUACUCGCCCUAUGGACUGUGCACAAAAAACGACAACAGUCACUGUGCACUUCAUUCUAAGCCCUUCCCUAGUUGCGAAGCCUGCAUGAAACAAUGCAAAAUUGGCGUAUGUGUUCAGGAGACGACACCACCGACACCACCCCCAUUACCUAAGGUUAACCCUUUCGGACGCUGACUUUACGGGGGAAUAAAAUACAAUGUUUUU